AUGCUCAAUAUGUGUGGUCUAUUGCUUCUGGCAAUCCUUUCUUCUGCGGAAGUUAUGUGCUACUCCAUUCAAUUUGGCACUAUGCACCCCCUAGCCGUUGCUAUUUAUGAAUUUGAAGUAUUUGCUAAACAUUCUGGUGACUACGUUGAUGUGGACUUUAAACAAAAGGCUAACGUGUGUUUCCACAUUAACCUGAUUUUGGUCAUCGAUGAAAGUCAAAUGGAAUGGAAAGGUCAGGCACUCAUUCUCACUGGCGGAAUUGGUUACAACUUUACAACCUUAAGAUUAAAAUAUAUCCAGCCAGAGGUGGCGAGAGUCACGGUUCUCAUCUACGGGCUUCCCAGGUAG